AUGACGGAUGAAGCUUCAGAAUCCUCAGAGGCAUUGCUGAAGACUAAAGUCGAUGAAUAUUAUGAGCUCUGCGGUUUGUUUCGGGAAAAGAUCAAUGCACAUGAAAAAAUGAAAAAGGAACUGAAGUUGUUCGCUAAGCAAUGUCGCGACACAGCGAUCUUUCUUCGGCUCGGUGGCUUGCGAAAGGAAGGAAAUCGUUUGCUUGAAGUAAUGAGCGAUAUGAAUAAAUAUCUUGAAAGUGGCUUAAUGCCAGAGAAGAUUUACGAUGAGUUUUUGCCCGUUUCAAAACCUGAACAAAUCGAUGUUGAACCCAAUACAGAUAUUUCCACGGUUGCGCAUACAGCCGCCAUCGAAACAAACGAUGGAUUGUGGUACGAAGAUGAUGAAAUUGUCCCCAGUGAUGACUUGGAUUCGAUUGCCGAGAUGCGAAAUAAAGGCAAUUUUGACCUAGCUGCAAAUUCGCUUGGUCGAAUUGUUGAAAAGAACCCGACAGACUCGACGAAAUUCCGGUUGACUUUGGGAAACGUCUAUCGCGCAGCUGGAAAGCUGGAAUAUGCAUUGGCACAAUACAACGAAGCCAUUUGGAGUGGGACUCUUAGCAACCAAGAAGAAUCCGAAGCACGCCGUCAAAUGGGGACCAUAUAUCGCAACUUAGGGUCCUAUGAGGAGGCCAGGAAUUCAUUCGAAAAAGCAGUCGUGCUUCUAGAUGAAGAUCAGCAUCUCGAUAAAGCAGGAGUCUACAACGAUCUUGCUAUGUGGAACUGGAGACUAGGUAAAUUUGAAAUGAUGGAGGUUGAUAUUAACAAUUCAAUGAAAGCGAUUGGAGGAAACGUUGGUCUGAGGGAACAUAUGCGAGCCAUUGAUGGAUUGCAGAUGUUUAUGGAUCCAGUGGUCAAAGAGACUUCCAUGGAUGCAACGUUUAAAGCAAUUGAGGAAAAAAUUAAAGCGAAUGAAGGGUUGUGUAACGCAGUUCUCGAACUAGGAGAAAGUGGCGUCGUUCCAAACGCUUACAAUAAUCAGGGUCUUCUGGAGCUGGAGCGUUUCGAAUAUGGUAAAGCUGCGGCUUGCUUCAAGAAAAGCUAUAUCAUUCGAAAGCUGAAGCACGGAGGAGAGGCACCGGUUAUCGCAUAUGCAUGGAUGAACUUCGGGAAAGUAUUCGAUAUUCAAGCAAUGUACGAACAAGCAUUGCACUGCUACCAAAAAGCAAAUGCUAUUUUUGAGCAAAGGCUUAAACCAGAUCAUCUAUUGUGUGGAGAGAUGAAUAACAUUCAAGGCAUCCUUUGCAUGAUAUGUAAAAAGCUGGACCUUGCCAAGCAAAACUUUGACACAGCCUUGGAGAUUUACUCUAAGCAUCUUGCCGAGGGUGAUCACAAGGACUGGAUAAUCUUAGGAGCGGCAGCAGCUCAAUCUGAAAAUGAUCCAGCACCCGCAUUUCCGACUUCUGGCCUACAGGACAAACCAAAUUGGCUCACCAAAAUCGAGCAGUCGUCGUCAAUGGUGUACGAGACGUCGUGCGGACGAGACACACCUUCAUUGGCAAACCUGUACAACAACAUGGGAAACAUGAUGAUCAGUAUGGGAUAUCACCAUGAUGCUGAUGUUUAUUACCGCAAGUCUUUGCAUAUCAAGAACUCGACGCUUCAGCACGAUAACCAUCCAUCGAAGGUGUUCACAAGGCAUAAUAUGAAGGUCACCAGGCAAGAACGUAUCCCGAAAUCAAGAAUCGUGGUUUGA